ACCGCCUGCAGUGCAGUCUGUGAUUUAUUGUGUUGUAAUUCUUCAGUGGUUUUCAUUGUUCGUAUUUUUUCUCAUCAAUUACUUAAUACCUAAGUAAUGUCAAAAAGAUGUGGUCGUUUUUACCCGUUCUGAUCACUGACCCUGUUUCCAUUCCGUACACAACUGUGUGGUUAUCGAUCUUCUGUCUCAUCUGUGGACUGGGUUACUGGUCUGUGCUAAGUUGUAUGAAAAAGAGGGAGAAAAAGUUUCAAAAUUUGGAAAACUUUCCAGGACCUCCCACCUUACCAUUUUUAGGGAGUGCACUCCUACUAAAUAUUGAGAAUCAUGAACUGUUUCAAUUUUGCGACACACAAAUUAAUGCGUAUGGAAAGUUGAGCAAGAUUUGGCUAUUUCAUAAACCAUACGUCUUAAUUGCGGAUGCUAAUGUUGUUGAGAAAAUAUUGACAUCAAAAUUGUGUUUGGACAAGGGAGAUGAUAUGAAAGUAUUUCGCCCCUGGUGGGGUUCGGGCUUAUUGACGGCAACAGCCAGUAAAUGGAAAAAUCAAAGAAAACUCUUAAACCAUACGUUCAGCCAUUCCGUGCUGGUCGAAUUUUUGGAGAUCUUCAACAAAGAGAGCACUCUUUUACAGAAUCGUUUGAGAAUGUAUUCCGAUGCGGGGAAAGUGUUUAACAUAAUUCCUCUCUUGACGCAUACAACGCUGAAUAUAAUUUGUGAGACGGCAAUGGGAAAAAAGCUUGUCACUGAAGGCGAAACGAAUCAGGAAUAUAUUGACGCUGUGACGGGAAUGUAUUACAUUUUGGUCGCACGUAUGACACGGCCUUGGCUUAGGCCUGAUUUUAUAUGGAAAUUUACGCCGUACGGCCGCAGGGAAAAGAAGUACUUGAAGAUUUUACACGGAUUCACAGAAAAGGUCAUUGAAGAGAAGAGACAACUUCGGAAAUCCAAUUCGCAAAUUAAAGUUGUCGAUCAAGAAAAUAAUAUUGAAGGGAAAAAGUCUCGAAAGGCCUUCAUGGACUACUUGCUGGAUUUUUGUGACAAUGGGCACGAAUUAACGAACCUGGACAUUCGAAAUGAGGUGGACACAUUUAUGGCUGCAGGUCACGAUACCACAGCAUUUACCGUCGGAUGGACUCUCUUCUUGUUAGCAACGUAUCCCGAGCAUCAGCAAAAAGUGCAAAAUGAACUCGAUCUCUUAUUUGAAAAUGACGAAACCAAACAAGUGACUUCUCUGGAUUUGUCUAAAAUGACACAUUUGAGUUUGUGCAUGAAGGAAGCUCUGAGAAUUUAUCCUCUCGUCCCAUUCAACUUUAGAAAGGUUGCAGAAGACAUCAAAUGCGACGAAACUCGUACAAUACCCUCCGGAACGAACGUGGUAAUCAUGCCGUACGCCCUACACAAAGAUCCAGACUACUUUCAAGACCCGAAAGAAUUUCAACCGGAAAGAUUCCUCGCUGAAAAUUGUCAUAAUCGGCAUCCUUUCGCAUACAUUCCAUUUUCCUUGGGUCCACGGAACUGUAUCGGACAAAAGUUUGGGAUGAAUGAAGCCAAAGUAAUUCUCAGCUAUUUGUUGAGAAGCUACACUUUUACGACUACCGAUACCAGGGAAUCGAUCAAGCUGGACUUGGAUUUAGUGAUCAGACCGAUGAAUGGGCUCAGUUUUAAAAUUACGAAAAGAUGAACAUGACCGCAAUGUGCAAAAUAUUUAAAAAGAUUACAUUUUUACAUCAACUUUCUUAAUUUAAUACGUAACAUUUUUUCAAACUAUUUUGUAAUUUUUAUUUAGCAGAGAAAACUGCGUCUUAACUUAACUUUGUCACAAUAAAUUCUCGAACUGUUUCAUUGUCAUGACCCAAAAAA